AUGGGUAGCCCCAUAUCAGGAACAUUAUGUGAAUUGGUGGUCAGGCGCCUCGAACAACAAAUCUUACCUGACUUUAACGAUGACAUUAUAUUAUACGCUAGAUACGUGGAUGACGUAUUCAUUGUUUGGAAGAAAAAACCAGACUUGGCGGCAUUCACUGAAACUUUCAAUAGUAACGCUUAUGGCCUCUCGUUGAGGGCUGAACAGCAGAGCUCCACCAACGUGCAUUUUCUUGAUAUUGACAUUAGCUUGCAACAGGGUCGAAUAACAACUAAAGUAUACCAUAAGAGCUCGUAUGCGCCUCUUUUUAUACAUGCUCAAUCACAUGAUCCGGUUGGUUACAAGAUCUCCGCUUUUAAGACCCUAGUAAGAAGAGCUUUUACCCAUUGUUCAAGCGAGGAAGAUAGAAAAAUGGAAUUGGAAUCUAUUUCGAAUGUGACUAGGCUACAUGGUUACCCUACGCGCCUAACUAAAACACUUAUAGCACGCCACCAACAACCUAGGAGUACAACACUUCGGAAUAACCAACCCUUCGUUCCUAUUACUUACAACAAGAUCCUUCAUAGCACCUACAAACAAAUCGCUCGGUAUGCUGGUAAAAAUAUCGCUUACAGAAGAUCGCAGACCAUUUUCUCCUGUUUACGAAACGAUAAGGACCGUCUUGAUAGGAACUGUGUUCUGGGAAUAUAUUCUAUCCCUAUUUACGAUCAUAGGGUGAAUCGUCCUGGCGAAUAUAUUGGUGCUACCACAUGCUGCCUUAAAACAAGGGUCAAGGAACACAAGUACUCAAUUCAAAAACGCCUUUCCAAUACAGCUUUGGCCACUUUCGCGCUUGAUGAUGACGUCAUGGUGGAAUUUGAUAAUGCACGUUUAAUACAACGGUGUGAACACCAGGCUAGCCUGAAAUAUCUAGAACAGCUGGAAAUUUUUAAAGCAUUCAGAAAGGGAACAGCCAUCAAUUUCAAGGAAACAGACUCUUUGGCGACGGCGUGGAUAGUGUAUUAUGACGUAUAA